AGAGGAAGAGAGAGGGAGAGAGAGAAGAAAGAGAGACUUAAAAAGCGAAAGGCAGAGAAGAGAGAAGAGAAGAGAAGAGAGAGCCGAGGGCAGCCCUAUUAUUCUCUUCCAUCUAUUAUCAAUCUAUCGCUAUUUCUUUUUUUUGAUCCUUAAGGAAGCAAGAGAGGGUUUUCUUUGGGUUUUUUUUCUUUUGAUUCUAUUUCGAACCAAUAACAGACCCCACCCAACACCACCCCCUCCUAUUCCCUCUCUCUCUCACUCACUACUUCGUCUUCUUCAAAUGCCAGCUUCUUCUCCUUCUUUCCCUUCUUCUUCAGAUGGGCGGGGCAAAUGGAGGAAGCGGCGGAGAGAACCCCAAAUCAACCGGAGGCUGAAGCAGGAAGACGAGGAGGACGACGAAGACGAAGCCGUUCCCGAUGAGAACCUUGACCAACAGCAAGACCGUGAGGACGAUUCCGAGGAUGGAGUCCAACCUAACCCUCAAUCUGGCUCCUCCGCACCCGAUCCAUCCUCCUCCUCCUCUCACGAGAGUGAGGUCUCUCCCGACGGUGCGGUUCGCUGUUCCGACUUCCCCCCAGUCAUGAGGCGCAUCUUGAAUCGUCCUCACCCAUCGGUCAUGGCCAUUGUCGCUUUGGAGCGAGCCAAUGAGUUUGGGGAGAGCAAGGUUCAAGGUCAGGGAAGCUCUUUAAUGUUUUUGGAGAAUGUCUCGCACGGUCAGCUUCAGGCGUUGUCGGCUGUGCCUCCCGAUUGCCCUGGUUUGGAUCAGGAUAGGUCCGAUGGGGGGAAUUCGGCUUAUGUGGUCACUCCGCCUCCGAUUAUGGAAGGCCGCGGCGUUGUGAAGCGUUUUGGGAGUCGGUCUCAUGUCGUUCCAAUGCAUUCGGAUUGGUUUUCACCUGCCACAGUGCAUAGACUAGAGAGACAAGUGGUGCCACAUUUUUUCUCAGGGAAAGCACCAGACCAUACUCCUGAGAAAUACAUGGAAUGUAGGAACUAUGUUGUUGCCAAAUACAUGGAGAAUCCAGAAAAACGGUUCACUGUAUCUGAUUUCGUGGGAGUGAUAGCUGGUCUUGAAACUGAAGAUUUAAGUCGAAUAGUUCGGUUUCUUGAUCACUGGGGAAUAAUUAAUUAUUGUGCUGCUGCAUCAAGUCAUGAGCCAUGGAAUAGCAAUUCCUACUUAACGGAGGAGUCAAAUGGUGAGAUUCAUGUGCCAUCAGCUGCGUUAAAGUCCAUUGAUAGUUUAAUCAAGUUUGACAAGCCCAAAUGUAAGCUCAAGGCAGCAGAUGUUUAUUCAUCGCUGUCAAGUCAUGACAACAAUGUCUCUGACCUGGACAACAGAAUUCGUGAGCGUUUAUCUGAAAAUCAUUGCAAUAGUUGUUCUCGGCCUCUACCCACUGUAUACUAUCAGUCACACAAGGAGGUGGAUAUAAUGCUAUGCUCUGAUUGUUUUCAUGAUGGGAGGUAUGUGAUUGGUCACUCAAGCUUAGAUUUUACGAGGAUGGAUUCAACAAAAGAUUAUGGCGAUCUAGAUGGGGAAAGUUGGACAGAUCAAGAAACGUUAUUGUUACUUGAGGCAGUGGAAAUGUACAAUGAGAACUGGAAUGAAAUUGCAGAGCAUGUUGGAACUAAGUCCAAAGCCCAAUGCAUUCUUCAUUUCCUCCGCCUGCCCGUGGAAGAUGGCCUUCUGGAAAAUAUUGAAGUUCCCGGGAAUCCUAUAUCAUCCAAUAUGUCAAAUGGAGCUGUUCAUGGACAAAUAAGUGCAAAUGCAAAUGGGGAUUCAGCAGGAUCAUGCCAACAAGAUGCUGAUUUUGAAAGCAGAUUCCCUUUUGCCAAUUCUGGGAAUCCGGUCAUGUCCCUGGUUGCUUUUCUUGCCUCUUCUGUUGGCCCAAGAGUUGCUGCAGCUUGUGCACAUGCAUCCUUGGCAGCAUUGUCUGAGGACAGUAGUUUAUCUGCUUCCGAGAACCAGUUACAGAAGGAAGGACCAGGACAGAGUAAUAGGAUGAACUCAGAGAUUAUGCAUGGUAGAGAUAGUGGCCCUCAGGGGGAGAUUGCAAAUUCAGUUCACCAUAAAGAGAACUCGACAGCUGUUGCUUCAAGGGGUCAAAAUGAGGCAGGGGCUACUCCGUUAUCAGCAGAAAAGGUUAAAGCUGCUGCUAAAGCUGGCUUGGCUGCUGCAGCAACAAAGGCAAAACUGUUUGCAGAUCAUGAAGAACGGGAAAUCCAGAGACUCUCUGCCAAUAUUAUAAAUCAUCAGCUGAAGCGAUUAGAGCUGAAGUUAAAGCAAUUUGCCGAAGUGGAAACAUUCCUAAUGAAAGAAUGCGAACAAGUGGAGAGGACAAGGCAGAGACUUUUGGCUGAGCGAUCUCGUUUUAUGGCAACACAGAUGGGAGCUAGCGGGAUCACUUCUUCUAUGAGUCUACCAGCAGCACCUAGUCCUUCCAUGGUUAACAACACAGGUAACAAUAGGCAACAAAUUAUGUCAGCCCCACCUUCACAGCCGAGCAUAUCAGGAUACAACAACAACAACCAACCACAACAGGUUCAUCCCCACAUGCCAUUCAGGCCUCGGCAGCAAAUGUUUGGCAUGGGUCCAAGGCUGCCGCUUGCUGCCAUACAGUCACCAUCAUCUGCUCCUCCAAAUGUCAUGUACAAUGCCUCUGGGAAUCCCCAACCUAGUAUGAAUCAUCCGAUGUUAAGGCCAGUAUCUGGUACUAGCUCUGGUUUGGGUUGAAAGGAAAGUUCGUGUAAAUUUGAGUAGUAUUCCUAGUUGUUCCUUUUUGGCGGCUUGCAUUCUGCGAUGAAAACCGAAAGGAAAACAGACGGAAAGGAUUAUGGAUGUGUCGUUCAUGAUUCAUCUGCCUCACUUUUUAAAAUUCUUGAUCUAAACAUGGGGCAGCAGUUUGUAGGGUGUGUUUUAUUUGGCAUACAAUUAGCUAGGAAAUUUAGCUUAGGGCCUGUCCAAAGGUGAACAUUGUUGUAAAAAUAAAGUCUGAUCUCCCUCUCCCCUCUUCCCCUUUUAUCGAGUUUUUGCUUUGUUUAGUAA